AUGAAGGCCCCUCCAGCAGCCGCGAACGCCAAGCAGAACGCGCUGGCGCUCAAGCGAUACCUCCCCCGCAAGCUCCGAGAGGCGGCCGAGGACGAGGCCGAGGUCGAGAAGGGCGUCGGGCACGACCUGAUCAUCUACAGCUUCGACCGCCCCAACGGCCAGUACGGCUACACGCCCUUCACGAUCCAGCUGCGCCUGCGCCUGCGCCACGCCGGCAUGCAGCACAAGGACCGCGCCGCCAACUUCUUCCAGGCCCCCAAGCAGCGCGUCCCCUACGUCAAGCUCGCCGACUCGGACGAGCUCGUCGGCGAGGCCCAGUUCGUCAUCCAGCGCCUCGUGCAGACCGGCAAGCUCCCGGAUCUGAACAAGGACCUCGCGCCCGCUGAGAAGGCCAAGGAUGCUUGCAUCCGCGCCAUGCUGGAGGAUCGCGCCUACUUCCUCGUGCUCUACGAGAGAUGGCGCGGCCAGUAUGAGCAGAUGUGGCACGACGGGCCCUUCAGCCACUUCGUCUGGGGCGCCAAGCACAUCUCGACCCAGCUCGCGCGCGGCUACGUCAACUCCCAGCUGUACAUGCAGGGCACCGGCCGCUACACCGACGAGGAGGUCAAGGGCUUCGCGUCGGACGUCGUCAUGUCCCUGAACGGCUUCUGCGAGACGUCCCUGUCGAAGCUGUCGCUCGACUCGCGCGAGUCCCGCGAGCCGUUCUGGAUCCUGGGUGGCCAGCGGCCUUCCGAGGCGGACUUCGUCGCCUUCGGAAACCUGGCAACGGUCUUGGGUACCUCUGUGAACCCGGUCCACGCGGCUCUCAUCCGCGAGAAGCCCGCCCUGGUCGAAUACAUCGGCCGCAUCCACGAGCGCUACUUCGCCGAGUACAAGUCCCCCGUGCACACUUGA